AGCUCUGCCAGGCUGAAGCAUGCAGUGUGCUUUAACAAUGCGGACCUGUGGAUUUCUGCGGUAUUUCUAUACAUUUCUAUAGUAUUGGGCACUUUGUAGUUUGUGCUAACUGGUGAAAGGCUAGAGGAUGGGGAUGCUGGGCAGCAGCAGCAGGCUGUGCGAGGCUUUCCGGCUCCGCUGCUGUGUCACAGCCAGCGAGCAGCACAUCUGGCAGUGAAGCCUGCGCCUCCUGAAGCCGCACAGGCUGACAAUGUGGAGGGCGUCUCACCUGGUUUAGGGGGUGUGUGUGAGCACCGCGGCUCACUCUUCAUUUAGUCAUUUGUCGGUCGCUUGACUGCAGCUGUGCACCCAGACAGCACCCGAGGGAUGUGGGGCAGCCAGGGAACAGGUCUGUUGGACGCCCUCUCUGUGCCGCUGGUCGUGGCCGUGAUGUGCUGCGCCCAGAGCGUCAACGAACCGGGGAACAUGUCUUUCGUCAAAGAGACAGUGGAUAAACUGCUCAAAGGAUAUGAUAUCCGUCUUCGGCCAGACUUUGGAGGUCCACCGGUUGCUGUUGGCAUGAGUAUAGACGUGGCAAGUAUAGACAUGGUGUCAGAAGUCAACAUGGACUACACGCUGACUAUGUACUUCCAGCAGUAUUGGAGAGAUAAGAGGCUGGCUUAUGCAGGGAUCCCUCUCAACCUGACACUAGACAACAGAGUAGCAGACCAGCUCUGGGUCCCAGACACCUACUUUCUCAAUGACAAGAAGUCCUUUGUGCAUGGUGUCACAGUAAAGAACCGGAUGAUUCGACUUCACCCGGAUGGCACUGUUCUCUACGGCCUCAGAAUCACGACGACGGCCGCCUGCAUGAUGGAUCUGAGGCGAUACCCGCUGGACGAGCAGAAUUGCACUCUGGAAAUUGAGAGUUAUGGUUACACAACAGAUGAUAUAGAGUUUUACUGGAAAGGAGGAGAAACUGCUGUGACCGGGGUAAAACGCAUUGAGCUCCCUCAGUUCUCCAUAGUGGACUACAAACUGGUUUCCAGGAAUGUAGUCUUCUCCACAGGUGCCUACCCUCGACUGUCUCUGAGCUUCAAACUGAAGCGAAACAUCGGAUACUUCAUCCUGCAGACGUACAUGCCCUCCAUCCUCAUCACCAUCUUGUCCUGGGUGUCGUUCUGGAUAAAUUAUGACGCCUCAGCUGCCAGAGUUGCAUUAGGGAUCACCACUGUGCUGACCAUGACAACCAUCAACACCCAUUUGAGGGAGACGUUGCCCAAAAUCCCCUACGUCAAAGCCAUAGACAUGUACCUGAUGGGCUGCUUCGUGUUCGUCUUCCUGGCUCUGCUGGAAUAUGCCUUUGUCAACUACAUCUUCUUUGGCCGAGGUCCUCAGAUGCAGAAAAAGCUGGCAGAAAGGGCGCAGAAGGCAAAUAAUGACCGCAGUAAAUUUGACAGGCCCAAGUCCAUUCUGGAAGGAGGCAAUUGCAAGUCUUCGUCUCUUAAACUGUCCAAUCAGGUACAAGGGCGUCGUCACUCACGACGGGUCGACUCCCAGGGGAACAUUUUGCUGACAACCUUGGAGAUCCACAACGAGGUGGGAGGGAACGAGAUAACAACCAGUCUGAGCGAGACCCACAACUCGUCCUCCAUGGUCUUCGACAACUCAGCUAUCCAGUACAGAAAGCCAAGCGGGUCACGCGAGUUGGGCCGCCACAGCCUGGACAGGAACGCACAUCUUAAGAAAACCCGUCUACGAAGACGGUCCUCGCAGCUCAAAAUCAAAAUCCCAGACCUCACUGAUGUGAAUGCCAUCGACAGAUGGUCACGGAUUAUAUUCCCCUCUGCCUUCUCCCUCUUCAACCUCAUCUACUGGCUUUAUUAUGUUCAUUAAUGCAUUGUGGGUUUUUUAAGCCCAUGUGAUUCUGGUUUAUGACUGAGAGAAGCCUUGUGUGGCCGACCCGACACGGUAACGUCCUGAACGCUUUUUUAACAUGAUACGUGCAGAAAGAAUCAUGCACAGCCACAAGGAUUUACCUGCAGAACAUGCAUCUUACAAAGACUUGCAUGUGAAGUCAGCCCUGUGAUCACCUGCGACUCUAUCACACAAACUGAAACACACUUUUGCAGCACUGCAUCUCCAAAAGAUGAUUUAAGUUGGAUUCGAUGAGCUGCUGAAACCUUCCCCUAUAAUUUCAGUAUAACAUGUGGCCACACUAUUAAAUUUAAUCGCAAAGGUUUGUAGUAUUAUGACAGCGCUAGCCUUCCUUAUAUCUGCACAUGGACAAAGGCGGACCUGUAAGAUCCCAUGCACCCAGACUAAACAGACUUUGCCCAGGCGGGAAAUUAUUUGGUAUGAAAUCAGCCAUAAAGGAAUAGUUGUGAUAUUUUGGGAAAUGUGAUAUUACAAAAGCCUAGUUGAGAUAAAAUGACAUUAAAACAAUAAGGCUGCAUCCAGUUUUGUUAUUUUUCAUGAUGCCCUUUGUUUGUCGUAUUAUAUACAUCCACCAUACCCCUUUUCCUUACAAUUGUGCACUUUUGUUUCUCCCAAAAUGCCAAAGCUCGUUAAGUGUUUAGUUUCAGUUGCUUCAAGACGAUAGAAACAGAGUCUGUGGUCAACAAGCUCAAUCUAGAAGUUGUACCAAGGUUACAGGAGCUGGACCGUGUGUUGUUGUCCCUGUGCCGUUGUUCAAAUGUUCCCUAGACUUGAGAUCAUUUGGUUUCAGUUCAAAUUGUAUUUAAAUUUAAUGGAAAUACUACUUUCUUAAAAAGUUCAGUAAGUUUUUGCUGAUCCUACUGACCAAAAUCUUUGUUAGCAUUUCUGCUAAUCAAAUAGUUUAAUGCUAUGCUCAUUUCUAUCCUGUAAGUUCUUGUUGAUGAUGGAAAGUAACUAUAACACGUUACUCUAUGAUAUCAAAACAGAGCCAUGUCUUUGCAGUCGGGAACAAUAAUGACCUUCCUGACACAACAUGUAGUAUUUCUGUAAAAGUAGAGUUAGAAUUAUCGCAUGUCAUUGAUGAUGACUCAGAAAGUUGAGUAUAAAUACCAAUAUCCAAUCAACUUAGCUUAAUUUUCAGAACCCAAUUUUAAAUAACAGGAAUAGAACCAGUACUGCAUUUUAGAAAUAACUUUAUUUUCUCAUUUAGUGCCAUGAAUGAAAGAUUUUUAAAAGGUUGGAAGAACUAGCCCUAAUCGUAUUUCUGAUGCUAACACAUCACGCCACUUCAACCACUGCAAUAAAAUUGUCAUUUUAACAUUUUUGUGUGAACAAAUUAGGUCAUGAGUGAUGUUUUGUGUUACUCUGUGGGCUUUUGAGGCUAGUACAUGGAUUAUUUUCAUAUUUGUUCAAAGCAAUGCUAGCAAUUUACCGCUAAGCUAGGCUAAUCCUCUAAAGAAAAUGCAAAAAUAAAAGGACUUCCCAAAAUAUCAAACUAUUUUAUCAACGUGUGCAUUUACACAUUUUCAAAAUGCCAUAUUUCCGACAAAAACUGGAGAGAUUGUGUGACCUUAGUACAAAGGUUUCCAGGCUUUUGUAGUGGUUUUUUUAUCGAGGAAUGUAUUAGAACAGUUUACAUCGUCCCACUAUUUUUGUCACGUUGCUUUCUGUUGAUUUUGUGAAACACGUACAUAAUACAGCACAAUCCAUAACUUCCUUGUUUGUUUCAGACUGCAUGUUGUACUGAGGACUGAGUCGUGGCUGCAGAUCCCGACCCUCUGGGGAUUUGAUGUACAUACUGUAACUGUGCACAUUUUUUCUCAGCUCACAGUAAUUACAUGGCUAUGUUGUCAACGGUGUUUUGCUCAGUGAUUUCUGGCCUCGCUGUUCUGUUUUUGUUAGUCUUUACACAAACUUAUCAUUUCCUUUUUAUGACAGUAAAUAUAAAAACACAAUAUCA